GAAAAUGGUUGGAGGAGUUCGUACUGAUUCCUUGGACUACAGAACAGAGCUUCUAUCUCCAACUCCGGAGGAAGAAACAGUUAUCGGAUCAAUUGGGCAGUCUUGGAAGCUCAAUUUCGACGAUUUCCGGUUACCGGAACAACAAUCCUCGCGAAUCGGUUUUGGAAAAUUAUUUACUCUAAGGAAAAAAGCAAUGAUUGCCAAAUACUACAAGAAGCAAGAAAACCUUGUGAAAGGUUUCAAUGAAAUGGAGAGAAUGAGUGAAUUGGGUUGUUUGCCUGGAAGUCUCACAGAGGGUGAAGAGAAAGAGCUUGCAAAGAGUGAAAAGACAGCAAUAUAUGCAUCAAACAUAGCAAACUUGGUGCUUUUCAUAGCAAAAGUGUAUGCUUCGAUUGAGAGCAGAUCCUUAGCAGUGAUUGCAUCUACUUUAGAUUCUCUUUUGGAUCUCUUGUCAGGCUUCAUUCUAUGGUUUACUGAUUAUUCCAUGAGAAAUCCCAAUCAGUAUCGGUAUCCAAUCGGCAAGAAGAGGAUGCAACCAGUGGGCAUCGUUGUUUUUGCUUCAAUAAUGGCAACUCUAGGGUUCCAAAUAUUGUUAGAGGCUGUGAGGCAACUCGUUGAAAAGUCCCAACCAACUUUAGACCGUAAGAAGGAGAAAUGGAUGAUAGGGAUAAUGGUUUCGGUUACAAUCGUAAAAUUUGUGUUGAUGAUAUUUUGCCGAAGAUUCAAGAACGAAAUUGUUCGAGCCUACGCUCAAGAUCAUUUCUUUGAUGUCAUUACCAACUCAACCGGUUUAGUAUCGGCUGUCCUGGCCGUUCGAUAUUAUUGGUGGAUUGAUCCCAGUGGAGCUAUAUUAAUAGCUUUAUACACAAUGGGUACAUGGGCAAAGACGGUUAUGGAGAACGUAUGGUCAUUAAUAGGGCGAACGGCGCCUCCCGAUUUCAUAUCGAAACUAACAUAUUUAAUAUGGAAUCACCAUGAACAGAUCAAACAUAUUGAUACAGUUAGGGCUUAUACAUUUGGAUCUCACUAUUUUGUAGAGGUAGACAUAGUCCUACCAGAGGACAUGCCUCUAAUUCAAGCACAUAACAUUGGUGAGACACUUCAAGAGAAGCUAGAGCAACUCGAAGAGGUGGAGCGAGCUUUCGUUCAUAUGGAUUUCGAGUUCACUCACAAACCAGAACAUAACACCAAGAUCAAGUAAUGA